AGGGAACAGGUUCUAUUUUGAUCGAGAAACGGUUGACUAAGGCGGAAUGAAGAAAUGUAUAACAAUAGAAUUAAUUAUGAAUCAAUCUCACACGAGAUUAAACUAUCGGCAAUGAAGACGGAUCAAGGUCGCUGGAUGAAUACGUCCAUCAAUCACUCUAUUCAUGUCUGUGCCUCUCGUGUGGUUCGUGCUAUAAUUUUCGUGUCAAAGCGGAAUACACGGGGAAUAUACCACUUUUAUUCUGUAGAAAAUGAUUUCAAUAAGGACUACGGACGAAUCCAGGUACAGGCCGGAUUCCACAUCUUCUGAUUGUGGUGGGACACUAUGCGAUCUAUUUCUGAGAAAACCAGACAAGUAACAUGGGUUUCACAAAGAUGCCAUGACCACCCCAAAUUUUACCGACCACAUAUUAAGUUUCCGGUGCAUGGCCGUUUGCACCAUGAAAUUUUCAGGAUUGUCCGAUUUGAGUUCCUCAUGUUGGUAGCGCGUGAAUCAAACAGUUCUCAAGUGAAAAGUGUAGACACGCAUCGUCGGGAAAUGCAGUCCAAGUGGAAAGCCUUGCGGGACAGCUACAGAAGAACGAUAAGGGUGGAGGAGAGAGACAAGAGACUGGGACUGAAUCCGGGUCGAAGGACCAAAUAUUAUUAUUUCGAUCAACUGAAUUUCCUUGCCGAUCACUGCGGACCCAAAGGGGGUAGAUCGAAACCAGAGGACGACAACUCCGACCAACAGGACUCGAACAGUUCGCCGAUACUGGACGGCGAAGACCCGAGCAACUACCUGCAGUUCCACUUCAUACCGGUGGAAACUCAAGUUGAUACCAGUCCGUCGGAGCCGGCGCCCAAAAAGACGAAGACUGAAGACAUCAGGGUGGACCUCUCGGAACGCAUGGUGAGGGCCAUGGAAGACCUGGCGGAGAUCCAGAAGAAGGACGUGGCCGACAACGUGAUGGGGAACAAGAGUUUUCUGCUGUCCUUGCUGCCCUUUAUGGAGACCCUCUCGAACGAGGAGAAUCUGCAAGUGAGGGUGCAUUUUAUGAACGUGUUGCAGACGUACAAGAGGACGACUGUGAAGAGGGAGAAAUGACCGGAGGGAGAUCCACCGAGGGGCCAAAAUGGUCGGAGUCAACGACCUAUAUUUCGUGGUGCUUACUGAUAAGAUAGUGCCUUUUGAUGUUUACGGAAGUUAUACUUGUGUUGUAGGGUUGGACACAUCUAAAAAGGGGGAGGGGGGGAAUUACAAUUUCUCACCUUGGUUCAUAUCGUUUUAUGCCAUUAUUUUUCUUAUAAUCUAGAAGAGAAUUCUUUAUUUGUUCUCACAAUGUGUAACUGAAAGUUUCGGAUUUUAUUGGCAGUAAAAAUCACUUUCAGCGGAGUAGUUUUUCAGAAAAAUUUAUAUUCGUUUUGUGAUACGAUUAUUUUGAUGGGGAGGAUUGUGAUUAUGAUAAUUGAUGAAUGCAUUCCAAAUCUCUAUUUUUUGACAGUUGUUAAUGAUUCGGAAUCGAUAUUGUUAAGUUUAAGGCGUCUAUUGGUUUGUCAAUAUACGAAAGUACUGUUGCAGCGGAUAUCGAAAGUGUUGAUACUUAAAAUUUGCAAUAAAUUUUUCUAAAAUUUC